UCUUUUUCGUCACGCACACUUUCAAACAUGGAGUCAAUUUUCCACGAGAAACAGGAAGGCUCCCUGUGUGCACAGCACUGCCUGAAUAACCUCCUGCAGGGCGAGUACUUCAGUCCGGUGGAGUUGUCAUCCAUCGCUCACCAGCUGGACGAAGAAGAGCGCAUGAGGAUGGCAGAAGGAGGUGUUCAGAGUGAGGAGUACAGGACAUUUCUGCAGCAACCAUCGGGGAACAUGGAUGACAGCGGCUUCUUCUCCAUUCAAGUGAUCAGUAAUGCUCUGGGUGUUUGGGGUUUGGAGAUUGUUCUGUUCAAUAGUCGAGAAUACCAGCAGUUACGAAUCAAUCCCAUAAACGAGAAGGCGUUUAUAUGUAACUAUAAGGAGCAUUGGUUUACAGUGCGUAAACUGGGUCAACAGUGGUUUAAUCUGAACUCACUGUUAACUGGACCAGAACUCAUAUCAGAUACGUACCUGGCAUUAUUCUUAGCUCAACUACAGCAGGAAGGAUAUUCUAUAUUUGUGAUUCGUGGGAAUUUGCCGGACUGUGAAGCAGAUCAGACUUUGCAGAUCAUGCGUGUAGAGCAGUUGCAGCGGCCGAAACUCAUCGGAGAAGACGAGACUCAGAGGGUGUCUGUGCAGCAGGUGUCAGACACUACACACACUACAGAUGAAGGGGUGCUGGAGGAGGACGAGGAGGAGUUGAGGAAGGCUCUGGCGCUCAGUAGACAGCACAUGGAGGUGGAAGAUGAAGAAGCAGAUCUGCGCAGAGCCAUUCAACUCAGCAUGCAGGGCAGUGCCAGUCCCAUCAGCGAGACAGCGGGCUCGUCACAUGACACGUCAAGCAUCGACACACUGAAUGCAGAGGAGCUGCGGCGCAGGAGACAGGCGUACUUUGACAGGCAACAGCUCUCUCAUUCGGCUGACAGUCACAGCGCUGGUGGAUUGAAGGACAGCGAGACCAAACCUGACCAGUGAUGAUGUCACGUGAUUGAACCUGUUGAAACUCUCUCCGAGUCUGAUGGACUUUAGUUGACCUCACGUGACCUCUGUCAGGGGGUGAGCUAUACAUUCCAAACACUUCUCAUAUCUCUCCUACAGUGUUCUUCAGUAAUCUCUCAUUCCCUCAUGACGUGCAAUGGAACGACACACAGGAAGUGAUUCUCACGAGGAGGAAGUUCUACAGCCGACGUCACUUAGUUUGGGACUGUUGAGGGGUUUUAUAUUUGAUGUUCUCUCAUCUUCUCUGUGGACUGUAGUGAAUUAACCGUCUUAACCAGCAUUCCUUUAUGUGGAUCUGAUGUUGUUUCAAAUCAGCUUCACUCUCUGAUCGACCAAUGAUGUAAAGUUGAACACUGGCCACAUUCAAAGGAAUAAACAGAGAACAUGUACAGUUUUAUCUGCCCUCAAAACUCUUUUGUUUCGUUGUGUGUCUGUGUUCAGGAGGAGCAGCAUGAAAAUAAGGGCUCACAGAUAGUUUACAACAUAAAACUGCACUUAAAUCCAGUAAAUGAUGAGUGUGAAUAAUGAUCUCAAUGAAACUGAUGAGCACAUGAGAAGUCAAUGAAAUGAGUAUAUGAUUAUAUAGAUAUAUAUGAAUGUCAAGUGCACUUUCAGACAUGUAUUUUCUAUAUUUGUUCAUGUGUCAUGCACUCGUUCACUGUUGUGAUUGUUUAUGUAUAUUUUCAUUGAUUUGUGUUUGCUGGCAGAUCAGCAGCAGCUUUUUCAACUCAUUAGAUUCUAGAGUGAUUUAUUCUUCCAUACAUCAAUUAUUCAACAUCUCCUUUCACAGUUAUUGAUAUUUCUUAAAUAAACAUGUUUGUUUUUC